CUGUGCACACAGUUUCACAUCUGCAGUGGCUGAGAAGGGAGAGGAGGCCUUGGUUAUUCAUUAAGUUGUUUUGAGGGGUGUCACGCAGCAUGAAGUACAGGACAGUGGUGAUGUACAUGGAGAUCGGCUGCUUUGUGUCUUGUCUUUGCGGCUGGAUCCUUGUGUGCUCCACCCUUCCCACAGAGUACUGGACUUUCUCAGAGGUGGGCAGCAUUGUGAUGACGACCUCCAACUACUACUCCAACCUGUGGAGGGACUGCAUCUCAGACACAACAGGGGUGUCUGACUGCAAAGACUACCCCUCCAUGCUGGCCAUGCCUGUUUUCCUGCAUGCCUGCAGAGCGUUGGCUGUCUGUGCAGUCAUCACCGGCUUCUUUGGAGGUGUCCUCACUCUUGUCGGUAUGAAGUGCACAAAAAUAGGCGGAUCAGAGGUUGCAAACGCGAGAGUGACCUUUGCCGGUGGCAUUACUUACCUCGUCUCAGGGUUCUGUGGUAUGAUCACAUAUUCGUGGUGGGCCAACAAAGUCAUCACAGAGUUUGUAGACCCAAAUUUCAGGGCACAGAAAUUUGAGCUUGGAGCUGCAAUUUUCAUUGGCUGGGGAGGCUCCAUCCUUUUGCUCUCUGGUGGGAGUGUGCUGAGUUUCUUCUCUGGAAAAGAAGGCCUUCCAUCAGGUUCCUCGAAAAGGCCACGGAGACCAGCCACUUAUGCCACAGCUAGGACCCGAAGGACCUACAUGCUGCCACACACCUCAUCCAGGGUAACUCUGGGGCCACCGCUGUUCUACCAGGGCAGGAAUAGUCGACCAAGCAGACCGCCAACAAAGACGACUCGCACCUUCAGCAGGGACGACUUUGUCUGAGCAAAAGGGACAUUCAGACUUUUUCCAUACCUCACAGGUACAGGCGGUGCAGAUCUUGCGUGGUGAACACAGGACUUGGGCUGCUUCAUUCAUCUGAAGUCAGUUGAUAGUCUCCAAAUGAAUGUUUACUGACUUUGUAGCGUAGGUUACAGAGCGUAUUAUGCAAUAUUGUCACUGAAUGCAGGCAUUAAAAUGGCAGGAUAAUAAAAAUAUUUUCACCUCCGAAAAGCAGUCUGUACCGGUCACAUUCGCCCCAAAUAGCGUAUACCCCAAUUCAUCCCAAACAUGCGCAAUGGGUGACAUGUUCAGUGGGUAUGCUGUCCUGUGUUGCCCACGGUGGCCUGUGGCGGUUCUGGCUUGCAUGACGCCCUGGGCGGACCGAAGCUGUGCCGCACCCAAACCCCAAUACUGUAGUAAUUUACUUUUUUUACCUUGUACUGUAAUUAACUUGAGGACCGAAGCCCAGCGGUACCCGCCCCCUCGCGACUCUGAUCCACAUCACGUGGUGGACUUUUAAGCAGAGAGCUGCUACGAGUUGCUACUAGUUGGGGGCGCGAGUAUCCGGCCUGACUUGAUGAGGAUACGAUGAGCGCUGAGCAUUAGUAAAUAACAUUUUUUGUUCUUUCCCCCCGCGGCGCCCCCUAGCGAAUGCCGCCCUGGGCGAUUGACCAUGUGGCCCAUAGCAAGAACCGGGUUCUAGUAUGGGCAGGUCCAUGUUAUGGACGACUAUAGGUGCAUUUUAUUGAUGGCAUUUUGAAUGCAGAUUGAUAUCGUGAUGAGACCCUAAGGCCCAUUGUUAUGCCAACAUCCCAGUUCUGGCAUGGCCAGCAAUAUACGUGUCACCCUUUUGGGAUGCUCUGGAUUAGUGUAAACAGUAUUUCCCCAAAACAUGAGAAGUGCAUAUUUUGGAGUGGCCUUUUUAUUGUCGUCAACCUAAGGCUCACCUGUGCAAUAAUCAGCUGUCUAAUUGGCAUCUUGAUAUGCCACACCUGUGAGGUGGAUGAAUUAUGAACGUCACUCACUAACUCAGAAUAUUUGAGUGACAGGCUGCUCGUGUACAUAGAAAUUGUUUUAGAUCUUCGAUUUCAGCUCACUUAAAAUGGGAGAUAAGUGUUGAAUUUAUAUUUUUGUUGAGUGUACUUUUAAAAGUCAAGAACUGUAAAAGGUCAAGAGGGAUAGAGCACUCUUGAAAUUGAUAUUGCAGUGUGAUCAGAGAAACAUGAAACAUUUUGUUGCAAACAGAAACAUGCUGAGGAACAAAUAUGCAAAUUAACUGCCAACAAUUUGACAAGAAUCAAAUGCUAAGCUUCCAUGAAGCUCUUAUCCUCCAUGGCGGUCAUGUUCCAGAACUGCAACAUACCUGAGUUGUCCAGACGUAGGUGUUCAGUACUCACUGACGUGGCCAAAGUAAGAAAGGCUGAAAGCCCACCACCACUAGAACAAUACACAGUGGAAACAUCAACACUGUGCCAACAAAUACCUGAAGACAGAUUUUUCAAAGGUUUCAAGGACUAAUGAAAUGUGAGUAACUCUUGACAGGUCCAGAUGGAUGGGGCCAUAGCUGGAUCAGUAAUGAGCACAGAGCUCCAGUUCCAAUCAGAAGCCAGUAGGUUGGAGGUGUGUACUGCUAAAGGUGAGCUGGUUCGACCUUCUCAGGUUGAAGGCUGACACUCCACAGUGUGGUUAGCCAAUAAAGACCUUAAAGAUGAAAGACAUGGCCGUCUUCCUCAUCUGACUUAAACCCUAUUUACGAUGACGGAAAAGAGUUAACAAAUGUUGCUGACGGUACUGCAAAACACUCUCCAAAAUGAGAGCUUGAAUUGACUAAAAUGUCAUAUACAGUGGUGUGAAAGUGUUUGCCCCUUUCCUGAUUUCUUUUUUUUUUGCUUGUUUGUCACACUUAAAUGUUUCAGAUCAAAUAUUUAAAUAUUAGUCAAUGACAACACAACUGAACAUAAAAUGCAGUUUUUGAAUGAAAAUGUUUAUUAUUAGGAAAAAAAGAUCCAAAUCUUUAUGGCCCUGUGUGGAAAAAGUGAUUGCCCCCUAAAGCUAAUAACUGGUUGGGCCACCCUUAGCAGCAACAACUGCAAUCAAGCAUUUGCAAUAACUUGCAGAGUCUCUUACAGCGCUGUGGAGGAAUUUUGGCCCACUCAUCUUUGCAGAAUUGUUGUAAUUCAGCCACAUUGGAGGGUUUUCCAGCAUGAAGCACCUUUUUAAGGUCAUGCCACAGCAUCUCAAUAGGAUUCAGGUCAGGACUUUGACUAGGCCACUCCGAAGUCUUCAUUUUGUUUUUCUUCAGCUGUUCAGAGGUGGACUUGCUGGUGUGUUUUGGAUCAUUGUCCUGCUGCAGAACCCAAGUUGGUCUCAAUUAACCUCAGUUUAGUUCUGUUUUAACGGGGGUGGGCAAUGGGGAGAAAGCCCCCUUGUCACACAGGGCUCAUGUAGGUUUGGAUUUUUUUCACCCUUAAUAAUAAAAACUUUCAUUUAAAAACUGCCUUUUGUGUUCAGGUGUUGUCAUUGACUAAUAUUUAAAUUUGUUUCAUGAUCUGAAACGUUUAAGUGUAACAAACAUGUAACAAAAAAAACCACUUCUCCACACCACUGUACCUCACUUCUAAAUUGGAUAUUUGUGUGUAAAAAAAUCCUUUAAUCCAUUGAAGAAUAAGGAUUGAAGAAUCACUUUUUAGCGGUACUGUAUAACCUUUCUUUCUAUUUACAACGCACAACAAGCACUAACUGACAUAAAGCGAAAACUGAUUGAGGUUUGUAUAUUUGUUCAAUAAUUUACAAACACGAUAUUAAUCAAAAAUACAGAAGUGGCUUUAUUUAAAAUGUGUCUUUUGCAUUUCCUGCCCACCUUGUGACAAAUUCUACUACCAACUCCAAUUACUGUUGGUUGUUGGGAGGACCAGCAGCAGAGACAUACACCGUCCAGAAAGCAAACAAACUAGCUUCCUAAUGCCUUUUCCCUUUCAACCACUAAAACGUGACAUACAUGCAUAAAAAUCUAAAAAUCUUGCUUCUUGUAAUUUUUUAACAAGUGUGAAUCCUUCACUUCCUCAUGUAUUGCUUGUAAAAAUAUCUCUACAUAGAAAAAUACAUCAUGACUUCAUUUAACAAAAGGAUUAUAAACAUGUGCUGUACAUUUUUACAGGUUACUUAGUUAUGUGUGCCUUGGCACUGGUGAUGAAAACAAAGUGGGGAGUUGGCACAGGGGAUGAGGUAAUAUUGUAAAUACUAAGCUAACCUAAGAUGAUUUUGUUUCUCAAUUACAUUUUUAAAAAAAAUAAACUUCCGCUCUUAUUUGAGGUUCUAUGUUUUGGUUGCUCAGUGAGAUGGGUGUGAACAAUAAAACUGGGUGUUGUUUGUGGCUCUUGCAUUGUGACAGAAGUUGCCUGAGUUGAUGAGUGUUGUUUGUGUUAAUUGUUUAAAUCCUCUGAGUCACAGAUAUCACUGAGGUAAC